CUGCGACUCAGGUCAACAACAGGCAGCCGGACUGGGCCUUUUCCCACCUCCAUUCUCUUUCUCUUUCUUUUUUUUCUCCUCAGGACUCCGCGCCUCGCCCCUUCGUCCACGCACAUCUUGUCAACCCGUCACUGCUUGUCGCUCGCUCGCUCGCUCGCCGUGCUCAACCACAAAUCAUCCAUCGAAAGGACGCUGCCGACAAAAUUCUUUUGUCGUUGUUGAAGUCGGAACCAAGGAAUUCAAUUUCGACCGCUUUCCCGUAGGUUCUGUCGCGCUCGAUCUGAAGUCCAUCGAAGCAUCUGUAAUCCCCGACGACAACACUAUCAGCGUACCGACCGUGACCCGACUGUUCUGUUCUGCGGCGACCUCACUCGAGUGCCUCCUCGGACGCCUUCACUGGUACACCAGAGCAGUCACGUCCAAAUUCAGCGAGACAAGCCCAUUUGCAACAAAGGGCUUUGAUCUCUCUCGUCCAAAGCGACGCACCAAAUCCAUCAAAAUUUGGGCGUCGCGCCACCUUCCCCGCCUUCGACAUUUGUUCGACCAUUUUUUAUUUUCCGGCUUCUGGAUCCGCUGCAGAAACUUGAACCCGCAGUUCACCUGGGUCACGACGAUUUUCCCAUUUCCUCCAGAUAGUACAAAUACACAGUACCGUUGAACAACGCCCAAAAUGACCGAUUUCAUUAUUCCCAAGCCUCCGCAACAGGAGAAGUUCAAGGAGAAUCUCCAGAAUCUCCUCAUGUGCCCAGAGUGCAAGGAAGAUCCGCCUCACCUUGUCGAAGAGUUCUCGUCAGGAGACAUGGUUUGCGGCUCCUGCGGUCUUGUGCUGGGCGAGCGCAUCAUCGAUACCCGCUCUGAGUGGCGUACUUUCUCCAACGACGACCAGGGCAACGAUGACCCCUCUCGUGUUGGUGAUGGUCCCAACCAGCUGAUCGAUGGUGACCAGCUCCAGACCACUAUCGCGUUCGAUGGCAAAAACGGCAAGAACCUGUCCCACCUUCAGAACAAGAUCACUCAGGACAAGAACUCCAAGCAGCUUAUGCAGGCCUAUCGCGAUAUCCAGGGCUUGACGGACAGCAUCAACGCUGGUACCCAGGUGGCAAAUGCUGCCAAGCACAUUUACAAGCUCGUCGAGGACAACAAGGCCCUCAAGGGCAAGUCUCAGGAAGCCAUCACCGCUGGGUGCAUCUUCAUUGCAUGCCGCCAAACGGGAGUGCCGCGUACGUUCCGCGAGAUUUACAGCCUGACCAAGGUUUCGAAGAAGGAGAUUGGCAGGGUUUUCAAGCAGUUGGAAUCCUUCCUCCAGAAGAUCGGAGGCGAGGAGCAUGCAAUCACGACCAGCAUCCCCACCUUCAACCAGCAAUACCAGGGCAAGGGAUCUACUACAGCUACCGAGCUUUGCGCUCGUUACUGCAGCAACCUCAAUUUCCGCAACUCAGUUGCGGUCGAGGAUGUUGCCCGCCAGUUGGCCGACAAGACCAGCACUAUUUCGGAGCUGGCUGGCCGUUCUCCCCUUUCCGUCGCCGCUGCGUGUAUCUACAUGGCAUCCCACAUCAGGAACGAGUCACGUACGUCCAAGGAGAUUGCGACAGUGGCUGGUGUCAGUGACGGAACCGUCAAAACAGCUUAUCGUCUCCUCUAUAACAAGAAGGACAAGCUGCUUGAGGAGAUCUUCCCUGAGGGAGUGCCAAACCUCGACAAGCUUCCUGCGAACUAGGGGCCUCGGGUGCGCGGGUAGUUUGGAUAGAGCGUUGGCUCUUGGUGGGCGGCUCCGCUUCUUGAUUUCCACGGGACAGAAUCGCGGCGUGACAGCAUUGCGUUUUCUUAAGCUUGACAGGGUGGUCAGCCUCACUGAGAUGACAAGGUUAUCCUACUGAGAACGUGGUGGCUUUUAAACUUUGGUUUACGGGCAAAAGACGAUCCACAGGCACGUCCGGAUUUUCGAGAAGCUUGGAAGCAUAUUGGUGGUCGGAAGAGAAGCAGGUUAUCAUAUGCCCAGAAUAGGGCUGGUGGCUGCGGAGGCUGGUUGCAGCGCGGCAGGACAAAGGGGCCUGGCACACUAUGAGCAUAAAAUGGGAAACGAGGUUAGAUCGAUCAGCUUCUACUUACCCAGGCAUAUCGGAAGGGCAUUUUCGGGUUUGAAAGUUGAUCUUUCCUCGAGGCAUUCAGGGGAAUUCUUUCGUUAUUUGCUAUUUGACUUGGCACCGACAGGGACUUGGGGAAUCAAGAUAGUUAAUACAAGAUAUCAAUACUCCCCAUAUGGAAAACAUGAAGUCUAGAAGAGACAGGUUUGUC